AUGGAAGCAGCUGCAAUAAGCGCAACUUUAGCUAUAUUGCAAAAAUUUAGCACCAAACAAAAAAUAAGAGUAUCAAUCAAUAAUAAACAUGCUGAUUGUUCGCUCGAGUUUAUACAAUAUUAUUAUACUGGUAAAUGUGUUACUGCUCCAGAGUCAAUUGCUAAUAGUUCAGGCAAAUAUACAUCAGCCUUUGAAGGAAUGCUCGAUACUGAGGGAAUGAUUUGUUACAAUAUUACGAAACCAUCUUUUGAACUUGACCGGUUUUAUUAUCUAUUAGUUAGCUGGAAGGCACAAUUUGGAAAAACAAAUGAAUUUUGCGUUCAACUCAGCACAGAAAAACUUCCUGAAAACAAAGAAGAAAAGAUGAACUUUUUUAAAAUGAGACAUACUCCGAAUCCGCAAUCCCCUGGUUAUAUCUUUAAGUGGCCUAAAGAAGGAGAGACACCCAAAGUAAAAUUCAUGUUUACUGCCACAUUGACUGAUAGUAAUGAUUGUGAAAUAAAUGUUUCUUUUAGAGAUUUUACUAAUUAUGAGUCUGAUCAUUAUGCUACGAGGUUAAAUAAUCCACAGUAUCUAACUAUGAUAAAUAAGACGGUAUCUUCACGAACAGCAGUCGCUGCCGAAGUUAUUAAUAAUACUAAAAAUUUACUAAAUGUUGAUCUUUGCUUCGUUUUGGACUGCACUGGAUCUAUGGAAAAAUAUAUUAACGCAGCUAGAAAAAGUAUCAGGGAGUUAAUAAAAUCUAUGAACAAAGUAAAUCCAAAAAUUAAAAUUUGGUUCGGAUUCUGUGGUUAUCAUGAUUAUAACAAUAAUGACAAUCUGCAAAUUUUAGAAUUCACCUACUCUCAAAAAGAGUUUGAAAAUUUUGUAACAAGUGUGAGAGCUAAAGGUGGUGACAAUGUUUCGGAAGACGUCCUAGGAGGUCUCAAUAAAGCCAUAAAGAUGAAAUGGGUACAUGACACUCGUAUCCUUAUUCAUAUUGGUUACGCACCACCACACGGAGCUCGGUUUAAUGAGCCAGGAACAAGAGACAAUUAUCCGAAUGGUUAUUCUAAUAGAUUAUCUGCUGAAAAUGUAUUAGGUGAAAUGAAGUCAAAAAAAAUUAAUUAUUUUUUUGGAAAAGUUGCCGAAAAAACCGAUAAAAUGCUCAAUAUAUUUCGAAAAAUAAUUGGCGAUUUCAAAAUGUUUGAUCUCAAGGCUACAGGGCAGAAUCCAGACCAUUUGACUAAUAUAUUGCGUGAAGAGACUUUUUUGGCCAUCUCACAAACAGUUGUAUCAACGAGAAAUCGUAAAAAUACAUACUUACCGCGGUACAAUAAUAAUGAACCCAAUUGGUACAAAUUGACUAUUAAGAAUGCAACAUUAUCAUCUUAUACACCUCUUAGAUUCUUAGAUGAAAUUAAGAACGAUAAAUAUAUAAUUAAGCAAAACUGCAAAUCAAAUAAUAUUUCAUUUAAAAUUGCCUCGCAACCUUUUGCAUCUGGUGCUGAAAAAGAUGUAUAUUAUGCGCUCGGAGUUAAUAAUCAGCCAUAUAGUCAAAUGGUAAUGAAAAAAUACAAAAAUAAUGAAAUAGAUAGACGCUAUCUCGAAUCAGUAGAAAUAUCCUCUAUUGCCCAGUUCCUUUCUGAUAAAUUCAAUUCGGUUGCUGAAAAGUGUAAUAUCAAGAAGAAGAUAGAAUUCCUUCAAGUUUUCUUUCUAAAAGACGGCAAACAAUGCUAUAACGUAGAACAAAAGAUCGAGAGAUUUGUGCGGUUUAAUUCAAAUAUUGGUAUAAUUGUCAAGUACUGCCCUGUUCUUGAAGCGUUUGCUCAUUUUACAUAUGAAUUCACUGAUGGAUAUUUAUAUGUUUGUGAUUUACAAGGGAUCGAACUUGAUGAUCGGUUUAUAUUAACUGACCCAGCGAUACAUUGUGUUAAUCCCUUUAAGUUUGGGAAAACAAAUUUUGGCGAAAAAGCAAUUAAGGAAUAUUUCCUGGAAUGCCAUACAUGUAAUUAUGUUUGUAAAAAAUUAAAAUUAAGUAAUCCCGACAAUUAUAAUAUAGAUCUUAUGUAA